UUGUCUAAGUUCAACCUGCUGUCUCUGACAGUGUUGCUCUUGUAACCGCUGUGCUUCUGGAGUUCAGAAACAGGGACUAAUAACUCACAAGGAUGGCUCUGUCUUUCGAGGGAAGAGUUGUGCUUGUCACCGGGUCCGGAGGAGGCCUGGGCAGGGAAUAUGCACUGGCUUUUGCUGAAAGAGGCGCCUCGGUUAUAGUGAAUGACCUUGGGGCAGACACUAAAGGGGGUGGAAAGAGUUCUGCAGCUGCUGAUAAAGUGGUGGAGGAGAUAAGAGCGAAAGGAGGAAAGGCCGUGGCCAACUAUGAUUCUGUAGAAGAUGGAGAAAAAGUAAUCCAAUCAGCGCUGGAUGCAUUUGGAAGAAUAGAUGUUGUUGUAAACAAUGCCGGGAUCCUUCGUGACCGAUCAUUUGCCAGGACGAGUGAUUUGGACUGGGACCUAAUUCAAAGAGUUCACUUGAGAGGCUCCUUCAUGGUGACUCGAGCUGCCUGGAACCACAUGAAAAAACAAAAGUUUGGCAGAAUCAUCAUGACGGCUUCAGCCGCGGGCAUCUAUGGUAACUUCGGACAGGCCAACUAUAGUGCUGCCAAGCUGGGCAUGCUGGGGCUGGCAAAUACCUUGGCUAUCGAGGGACGAAACUACAACAUCCAUUGCAACACUAUUGCUCCCGUUGCUGGGUCACGUCUCACAGAGACUGUCAUGACGGCAGAACUUGUGGCGUCUCUGAAGCCUGAGUACAUUGCUCCCAUGGUCCUCUGGCUCUGUCAUGAACAAUGCCAAGAAAAUGGAGCACUGUUUGAGGCUGGUGCAGGCUGGAUUGGUAAAUUGCGCUGGGAGCGCUCUCAGGGCUGCAUUGUGAGACAGAAAAACCAACCCAUGACUCCUGAGGCUGUCCGAGACCAGUGGGACAAAAUCUGUGAUUUCACUGAUGCCACCAAGCCUGCGAGCAUAGAAGAGUCUGUACAGUCGAUCGUGGGCGUGCUGUCUCAAUUGGAUUCAGAUGGAGAAGUGGGUGCCAAUACAACAGCUGCUGCUGCUGCAGCCUCGGUUUCAGGGGUCAAUCCUACUAUGGCAGUGGGACAAAAACUACCACCGUCCACUUUCGUCUUCACUCCCACCCAGUGCAUCCUCUAUGCGUUGGGGGUCGGCAUGUCCACCAAGGACCCAGACCAUCUCAGGUUCCUGUAUGAAGGCCAUGAAGACUUCGGCUGCCUCCCCACCUUCGGGGUCAUUCCCUCCCAGGCAGCCAUGAUGGAUGGUGGGCUGAGCUCAAUCCCUGGACUCAACAUAGAUUUCACACGGGUAUUGCAUGGAGAGCAGUAUCUGGAGCUUUACAAACCUUUACCAACCUCAGGUACCCUUACCUCUGAGGCCACCAUAGCAGAUGUGUUGGACAAAGGAUCCGGAGCUGUCAUCCUCUUGGAUGUGAACACCUACAGCGGCGACGAGCUGAUCUGCUUCAACCAGUUUUCAGUGUUUGUGGUCGGAGCUGGAGGGUUUGGAGGGAACAGAAACUCUGAGAAAGCCAAAGCUCCUCUGCCUCCACCUAAACGGGCACCAGAUGCUGUGGUGAUUGAUUCUACCACAAGAGACCAAGCGGCCUUGUACCGUUUGAGUGGAGACUGGAACCCUCUUCAUAUAGACCCAAGCUUUGCUGCCAUGGGAGGCUUCAAGGCUCCCAUCCUGCAUGGCUUGUGCUCAUUUGGCUUUGCUGCGAGACACGUCCUCAGGCAGUUUGCCGGCAACGACCCCUCCAGAUUCAAGGCUAUCAAGGUUCGCUUUGCAAAGCCGGUGAUGCCGGGUCAGUCACUACAGACCGAGAUGUGGAAGGAAGGCAACAGAAUCCACAUCCAGUGUAAAGUGAAAGAGACCGACUCUAUUGUGCUAGCUGGGGCCUAUGUGGAUUUACAUGGAGCAUCAGACGCUUCUCCAGAAAAUCUCACUCAACAAGGGGCCCUGAAGAGUGAGCUGGUGUUUGCAGAGAUCGGCCGUCGUAUUAAAGACACGGGCUCAGAGUUGGUCAAGAAGGUGAAUGCCGUGUUCGGCUGGGAGAUCACCAAAGACAGCAAGAUCGCUGCACAGUGGACCAUUGAUCUGAAGAACGGCAGCGGCUCCUUGCACAAAGGCCCUUACAGUGGGAAGGCGGAUGUGACCAUCACUGUGUCAGAUGAAGACUUCAUGGAGGUGGUGCAGGGGACACUCAACCCUCAGAAGGCAUUCUUCUCUGGCAAGCUGAAGGUUAGAGGGAACAUCAUGCUGAGUCAGAAGCUGGAGGUCAUCCUGAAGGACCAUGCCAAGCUCUGAGCUCUUCAGCCAACCAAUCGGAUAACUGCACCAACUAACCGACCUACCUACCAGCUCUCUCCAUCUGUCUGCUUUUCUUCUCCUGAGUCAUGUGUGUGUCCUUACAUGCUUAGCCACAAAACACCAUUUAAGAUUAAUACUGCUUCAGAAUGAAUUCUCUCCUAUAAAUUAACUUUCACUGAAGUCGUAGAAGGUACAGACUACUUGAGGCAAAUAGAGGUUUUCUUCUUCGUAUCACAUGGAUGAUUAUGAUCCGUCCCUGCUUAAUGUGCACUUAACACAUCUGCCUUUAAAUAUCCAAACGGGAAAUUUAACAUGGAUUUACAUAGAUUUGAUUCAAUUUUACAAUUUUUUCAUUCAAUAAGAUAUUAGGAGAAACAAGCAUCUGCUACAGUAAACCAAAUUUGUGCCCAUCAUUGGGUGAAUGUACUGGAUGAGGUGAUACCAAUUACAAUCUUAGCCUGUUAUAAAGCUCAGCCAGACAGCCAUAAUUCAGUGGGCUGUUGUUUCAUUUCAAGGACUAAAUCACAUUCUCAGAAAUAGUAGUAUCCAGUGGUGUGGUGGAGGGUAUUGCAGGUAUGCAGGAUAUACCAACCUCUUUUUCCAGCACUUUACAAUAUAUCCAUCUAUCAGUGAGAAAGCCACUGGGAUAUUUAGGAGGGUUUACCCUCUUCUUCCUCAGUAAAAUGUACUCGGCUGUACACCCACCUCAUCAAAGGCCACUACACCACUGGUUGUAUGUAAUUGAUACUGCAGUCUCAACAGAACCUUUGAAAUGUAUAAUAAUGUAGAGUUAGCUAGUUAUGAAAAUAAUGAUUUUCACUUAAUUUUUAAUGUUGAUUCUACAAUUGUAACAAAAUUAAAUGGUUGCUCUUCUAUGAAAAUAAAGUAAUCCAGAAACA